CGCAUGUGCUCUUUAAAAAUUUGGAAAUGGAGGGUAAGCAGAGAUGAGCGGCGGGAACAAUUGCUGAAGGGGGGAGAGAGCGAGAGGGAAAGACUCGAGGAAGAGGAGCAGGUACCGAUUGCCAGGCAGGCAAGGAACGAUGACGACUUUUCUCCCUACUCUUCAUUAUUCCCCGCUGCCGGAGCUUGAUGCAGAGGAUAAGAGGGGGGGUUUCACAUCGUCGGUGAUUGUUUCGAGCAGCACGGAUUUCGGCACCCUCACUCAACCGAUCAGCGCAUCAGAUACAGAGGAGUCUUCGUUCCUCUCGACCGGAGGGGCAGAUGGUCAGGCUCGUGAUGGCCGCGUCAGCUGCGCGCCCCACACGGAUGUCCCAAAUGCGCAAGAGAAGAAGGGCGCGGUUGACGGGUCAGUGCCAGCGAAGGACGCCCUGCGGAAGCAGACGGAGGAGGAGGACGACGGAAAGAAGAAAUCGCCGCGUACGAGGGACAGAUGUGCUGACGUAGGAAAGGCCGUCAGUGUGGAUGAUGCACCAGCGUCUAGCUCUCUGGUAGCGUCGACUGGGAGGGUUCUCAAGCAGAAGACAAACCUGAUGAAAGCGGAGGGUGAUGGAAAGGGUUCAGGUGCACCAGGCAGUGCGGGGUCUGGCGGAGAAUCCAAUAUGGGAGAAUAUGGAGGGCGUCCAAAGCGAGGUACAGCGGCGGGAAGGAAGUCUAAGGGCAACAAGAUGAGUGCCGUUGUUGGUGCGGAUGGAGAGGUGCAAAUUGUAAUGGGUGGCGGAAACAAGAAGCAACAAGAGGGCAAGGAGGCAGGUAUGGCCGAGUGCGAUGGUGGCAAGAAAACAAGCGCAGUGGGUGAUAGGAAAGUAUCCAGCAGGAAGGAAUCUUUGGAUCGAAGUGGUCGGAGCAUCGACGGGGACUCGAGGAGAACGGAGGGGAAAGAGAGAGAGAAAGGAGAGACGAAAGAGGAAGAUGAAAGAGAGAAGAGACGCCGACUCCGGGCAGAAAAGAGGACGGCGGUCUUGCUUGGCCAAAGGAAGGCUAUCUUCGAGGUACAGAUGGUUCUGCUGGAAGGAGUGGCCACGGAGGGGCAGAUGCAAGUGGCUAAGAAAAUACUCAUCCGAAGCGAGUACGAGGAUGUCGUCGCCGAGAGAGCAAAUAUCAGAGUAUGUGGGAACCCUCGCUGUGGAAACGCCCUUGCACCUGAGUUUCCAGGGCGGAGGAGAGGCAGAUACCGCAUUUCGUUGAGGGAAAAGAAGGUGUAUGACACACAUGCGGUCCUCAAUUACUGCUCGGCUGAAUGCGCCGUCGCUAGCAAGAUGUACGAGUGCUCACUUGAAAAGGAGCAUGGCAUGGAAUUGGGACUGACCGAGCUCGCGAAGCUGGUAUCGGCUAUCAAGACCAUGGGCAGCAAACCCGUCGGCGAUCCUCGGGGCGAUGGUGAUGCUGGCAACAAUCAGAUCGCUACAGGACAAGGCGCAUCAGAUGCGGCGUCUGAACUGAAGACGACCUCACCGGUGAACGGGGAGAACGAGGUAAAUCCAUCGCGUGACGACGAUGGUAAUGGUGAUGGGGCUUCCCAUAGGAAGCCUGAGCUGCAUAUCAGCGAGCGUGUGUCUUCAGCAGCACAGGCUGAAGCACUUUCAAGCAGCAGUACUUUGGUUCCCACUGGUCCAGCCAAUGCCAUUGAAGGAUAUGUCCUUCAGAAUAGGGCUUAUCCUGCUGCAGUGAUAGCAGGGGCAGCAGCAACUCAGAGCAAACGAAGACAGGGCAAGAUUAGGAAGACCAAUAGCAGCAGUGGUAAUGAUGCAGUGGCUGCUCCUGAAGUGCGCAAAACGCAAAGAGGAGGAUCGAGUGUGCGCUUGGCCUUGAAAUCGGCAGAGGCCAACGAUGAGCAUUUGGAAGCCAAAGUGCUUCCAUGGACGGGGGGCCCUGAAACGGACGAGGCAACAACUGUUUCUCCCAGGAGCAGGCGAUCUCUCACAAACAAGGAGCAUCUGGGUGAGGGCAGUCUCCUCUCGGAAAGGAUGGUUGAGGCAGUGGUGGGCCAGCGGGAGAGCAGGCGGAAGUCGAACAGAAGAGGAGUCAUGGUUAGCGGCAGCACAACAGCUGCUGUGUGUCCCGAUAGGGCAGCAGAGGCGCAUCAUGUUGUCGAUCAUCUGCCUGCGGAACCGUGUGAAAGGAGGAGGGCAGCAUCUUCCGUGUCCAGUGAAGGAAUAGCCGCCGAUUCCGACUCGCGGAAGGCCACAGGAGGAGAACUGCAGGCGGCUGAACCGGGUUCAAUUCCCACAACCGCGGAGAGUGUGGGCAAACAUGAAGUUGAAGCAGUUGAGCAGACGGGAGAUGACUUGAGGACGCUGCCGAAAGCCGACGAAGCCACGGGGUCAGGCUCAUCAGCUGCGCCCAGUCCUCCAAAGCUGCGAUCAGCCUUGCACAAGGAAAAGCAUAGGGUUCCUAGGAGUGUAUCUUGGGCAGAUCAUCGCAACGCUCCCCUGGAGGUUGUCGAUCCGCGGGAUGUACGCGAGGCAAGAGUGGUAGGUGGUUGCCGCGGGGAUGCUUUUAUCAGUCAAUGGGGAGCAAGGAGGCCUAGGGGUUCCCAGCCAAAGAGGUAUUGUAAACUGGAAGGGAAAAGGCGAGGGGGGUUGCGGGAUGUGAUUAUCUUUGACGAUGCGCUGGGCAGCGAGAUGGUCGAUCUGGGGCCGUCCAUGAGCAGGCUUGCGCAGGAGUUUUCGGCAGUUUCCGGGAAGAGAGAGCAGCGUAACGCUGUCUCCGGAGUGAAGGACGAAAAAGGGCUCGUGGUCGGCACCGACAGAGGGCCACCAAAGGGCCUCCCAUCAAGUGGAGCCCGAGCGGCUACAGCUAGCAAUAAGAGGCCGGUAUCCGAGUCAUUUUCAGGUCAUGGAGACGCCACGUCAGUCAAGGGGGAGGUGGCUGCUGGGCAAGGGAGGAGCAAGCGACUACUUGAGGUGGUUGCCAAGGGUGCCGAUGACGGAAGACAGUCUGGUGGUUCCUUGGCGGGACCUGAACUUUGCUCGUUGUUGGCGGAAGUGCCGCAUGGAGAGGGGACUGCAACUCUGGGGAGAGGAGAUGGGAACGAUGUUGACGUAGUAGAGGAGAUGGGGGUCCCAGAAAGAACAGGGUUAGGGUUUGCAGAAACAGUGAAGGGAUCUGGAGCGGUUUGUGCGGACGGGGGUGUCUCCAACGGUGACAAGAGAGAGGACGCGGGUCGCCAUGUGGAAGAUAGUGCUGUACGGGGGGGUGUUAAGAACGAGUUAGUGGGUUCAGUUGAUGGCCAAAAUGAGGCGUCGAAAGACCCCGAUGCGCGGUCGACAGCUAGUCGGACGGAGAUGGCAGAGAACACUGAAAAGUGCUACGAUGUGCAAGAAGAUCAUCCAACCAAGACAUUGGAUUUGCCGGUUGCGGAGCCCACAGACCGUCUCAACCGUGGAGAGGAGGCGGCUGUCAUGAUGUCUGGCUCGCAGACAGUGGAUAUGUGUGUUCCGUCCACCGAGGGUACUGAAGGCAAGUUCUGCAAAGCGCAGCCAAGCUCUCUGGAGGGUCAAAUGGGUGAGAGCACUUCCGCGGAGUUGAGCAAUGGCAACACCAUGAGGGGCGAGGAUGCUACCCAAGCUACCCGGUGUAUAAAGGUAGAAGAAUCGACAGAGGUUGCACCUGGACAACAACCAGGGGAGGAAAUAGUCACAAGAAGUCGAGACGCAGUUCAGACGGCAGGCCAAAUCCCUGAUGCGGGUUCAUCCGGCAGUACAGAAGACACCAGUGAGACGUGUGGAGCAGGAAGAGCAUCCACGGAAGUCGAGAGGAGAAGAAAGGGAAAGGAAGCUGUCGCCGAUGGGAGUGGGGAAGUGGACGACGCUGCCACUAGCUUACAAGGGGAGUCGAGGGAUGACCCAAGGCUGUCUUCAGCGAAGGCAAUCGCUGAGGCAUUGGCACAGGCUGCAGCCGCCGUCGAAUCUGGGGAUGCGGACUCCCACGAAGCUGCGGCAUUGGCAGGAAUUUCCAUUAUGCCCCCGGAGACGAGUGCAGGCAGUGAGCCCUCUCCAUUGCCCUGUUUUUCUGGCCGUGGUGAGCUGGAGGAGGGAUUGCCCGAUGACCAAGAGGAGGAGGGGGACGUAGAGGAUGACGAGGAAAGCUUGCAGUGGACCACGGAUUCGCCGUAUUCGGCGCCUUCACUCAGAAAUGGACGCCGGUUUGAUCGGUGGCAAAAGAGUGAAUGGUAUUCUCCUCCUCCCAAGGGUUUUCAAGCCCAAGUAUCGCAAUUCGGCACGAUCUGGAUGAGCUUGGAGGAGUGGGUAUCUGCUUCCACGGUGGUGUAUUUGUAUAGAGAAGAUGUGGGUACGGGGAACGAGGCCGUCCUUGCAUCUGAUGACCUGGUUGUAACAGGAAGACAUUAUCCCAAGCAAAUUGUGUGCAGCGACGGGACAUCUGCGGAGAUUUCUCGCGCGUUCUCAGAGUGUAUUUCUCGUGCCUUGCCUCUCGUUCAGCAGUCACUGCGAAUUUCUGUGCCCCUAACGAGCAUCGAGCAAGCAAUGGGACGCCUGAUCAAGAGCUUCAGUUUUGUCAGUCCGCUGCCAUCUCUUGGUAUGGCUCAGUGGAGAGCAGUUAGCAUCCUCUUCGUGGAGGCGCUCUCCAUCCACCGUCUCCCAAGGGUGCAUGAGCAAUUGUCGAGGCAAAGAGGGCUGUUGAAGAAGGCAAUUGAAAAGACAGGCACUCUUGAGUCUGAGUACAAAGCAUUCUGGGAUCUGAUAAUGCCAUGGGGUGAUCGGAAACCAAAGCUCAAUGUGAUGACAGCAUAAAGUGCAAGCAAAGAAAAGAUGAUGUCAACACACAUUAAAAACUAGUCCGCGACAACCGCAACAGGGGGGCGUCUGGGUUGUUUGGAAUGCGCAGCGGGUGCGGCGGGCGCUCUACUAUGGGGUUUGCGUGAUCCUGUUAUGUUGGGGGGAGGGGGGGGGGGUGUGGAUGCUGCACACAGCGUGGGUGUGAGGGGAGGAACCUGGGGGAGAUGGUCAUGGGGGUGCUUGUUCAUAAUUGACAGUUCUGAAAGGUCGCGAAGCAGACUGGCAAAAGGAUGCGGGGCCCUCUCCCUCGGCUUCUGGAGGCUGCCGCUUUGCUCUUCUUCACGAUGGGGCAAUUGCCGGUGCCCCGGUGGAACGAUUAGCAGAUUUUUGGCGAUGUGCCGCCUUCUUUCCUUCCGGUUUUUAACUGCAGUUGAGUCGACUCUUUGCUGACUUGGGCUGCCUCCUUUUUUUGAUCACGUAGAGAGAGAGUGGAGGCCUGCCCCCAAAUUUUAGAAGGGGUUGUCGCCCCCAGAGUCGAGCUUUGGCAGUAGUCGUCGAUUCUUUCGUUUUUGUGCAUGCGAUGAUGCGAGCGCUUGUUCGCACCUGCAAUUACACAUAUGUCCCUGCGCUUGUUGCAAUUUUGUGUUCGCAACUUCUUGCCCGCUCACAAAUGAAGAAGAAAUUGUUAUCCAGAGCCAAGCUUUGGUAGUAGUGUCAAUUUUUUUUUUUUACUUCCGUGAAUCCGUGCGCGGUUUACGUGUUCGUGCAUGCGAUUACGCGUUCGUGCUCGUGCAUGUGCAACGACGUGUUUGUGCACAGGCAAUCACGUGUCCGCACUCUCGUGCAAUCACGAACAUGCAAUCACGUGUCCAUGCAUGCGUGCAAUAACUGGUUUGUGCGUGCGACUACAAUCUGGAAGGUAGAAAGUCGCAGACACACUCAUAGGGAGUGUUCGGCAUGUGGUGGUGCUGUUUGUUUGUGGAUGAUUAGACUAGUAGGGGGCUUCGUCUUCAGAGAAAUUCAGACAUAGUUAUGGAAGGGAGGUGAGGUGUUAUUUCACUGACGGGAUGUACGUCCGUCGUUGGAGAAAAGAUAUGGUGUAAAAAGAGCGCGGAGGAGAAAUGGAAGCGUGGAGAUGGAGGGAGAGUCGGGUCGCAAGGACAAUCCGUCCCUGCCGACGUGCCCGCCUACUGCCCUGCCUCCCUAUCUCUCUCCGGGUUUCCUCCUUCCCGCAUGUGGAGGGUAGAGACGACGAGAUGGAGCUUGUCGAGAGGUUGCGUGUAGGUAGUGGAGCGGUUGUGUGUCACACAGUUUUUUUCUCUCAAGUGGUAGGUGAUGAUGUUGGAUGUAUACAUAUUUCACUGGUCAUGUUAUGUGGAGCUGGUGUAGGGCACGACAAGCUUUUCGAUUCUCUUCUUCAUUGCCUGCCUAUCAGUAGUGGAGCUGGUGUAGGGCACGACAAGCUUUUCGAUU